CUUAUACACCAAGUUGAUCAAGUAAUAUCUUUUGAACCUCAUGAAGUUCAAAGUGAAGUGGGUAUGAUUACCAAUGUUCAAUCAACAAAUGAAUGGAGCAAUUUUAGGGAUACCAAAGCUAACCAAAUGUUUGCUGAUUACCAAGCAAGACGUGGUCAAUGAUAUGGAGAAGGGCAAGAAGUCAGGCUCGGGCAGGGGUUACAUUUCUUGGAAUGAUAACAUGGACAAGGCUCUUCUUGACACAUUUGUGGAGUACUAUAACAAGGGUGACAGAUGCCAGAAUGGGUGGAAGUCUCAUGUCUAUACAACUGCUAUCAAGAAUGUCCGAGAAAAGUGUAAUGUGGAUAUCUCAAAAGACAAUAUCAUGGCGAGGAACAAGACCUUUGACAAACACUACACUAUCAUCAAUGGUAUGCUGGAAUCAAGUGGAUUUGGUUGGGAUUGGAACAAAAAUAAAAUAUCUGUUGAUAGUGAUGCUGUAUGGGAAGAAUAUGUGGCGAAAAACAAAGAAGCUUCUGGGUAUAGGCACAAGACUGUCUUGUACUGGGACUCAAUCAGCUUGGUGUUUGGCAAAGACCAUGCUACCGGUGAAGCGGCAAGGACUGCACCUGAGAGCUCAAAAGACAUGAGUAAUUUUGACAUGAGUAAGGAAGAUAUUAGUAACAAAGAGCCCACAUCAUCGGCAACUUCAGGAAGUUUAAAGAGGCAACGGUCAGGUGACUCUUUUACCUCUAUGAUGGCUGAAAAAAUGGACAAGUUUGCUGAAGCACUCAAGGAGGAAGCACCUAAAGGUCCAACAUCAAAAGAAAUUCUCAACACACUGAAUGAGGUACAAGGAUUGGAUGAAGACACUUUGUUGGACCUAUUUGAUAUCCUGACCGGUGAUGCACGCAAGUAUGAGUCUUUGUUGGCACUUUCAGUGGGGAUGAGGAAAAGGUGGCUCUUAAAGCAACUCAAAAAGUGA